CACUCUGUUUCCUGCCCACAAAAUCUCUCAACACCUUUCUCUUCCCACACCACCACCUCACAUCAAGAUGAAGUCCUGCGUUGUAGCCGCUGCCUGCGUGGCCGGAGCCCAAGCCUUCGUGGCACCCAGCGCGUUCAAGGGCGCCGCCGUGGCCACCCCGGCCAAGUCGUCGUCGGCCAUGAAGAUGUCGUUCGAGUCGGAGAUCGGCGCGCAGCCCCCCCUCGGAUUCUGGGACCCGCUCGGCCUCCUCGAGGACGCGGACCAGGAGCGGUUCGAGCGCCUCCGGUACGUGGAGGUGAAGCACGGGCGCAUUGCUAUGCUCGCCAUCGCCGGUCACCUGACCCAGCAGAACACCCGGCUCCCCGGCAUGCUCUCGAACUCGGCGAACCUGUCGUUCGCGGACAUGCCGAACGGCGUGGCCGCUCUGUCUAAGAUCCCCCCGGCGGGCCUCGCCCAGAUCUUCGCGUUCAUCGGCUUCCUUGAGCUGGCUGUGAUGAAGAACGUGGAGGGCUCGUUCCCCGGAGACUUCACCCUGGGCGGCAACCCGUUCGGGUCCUCGUGGGACGCGAUGUCGGAGGAGACCCAGGCGUCGAAGCGCGCGAUCGAGCUGAACAACGGGCGCGCGGCACAGAUGGGCAUCCUGGCCCUGAUGGUGCACGAGGAGCUGAACAACAAGCCGUACGUGAUCAACGACCUCCUCGGCGUGUCAUGUCGACCGAUGCAGGACAAAACGACCGCAGGGGAGGGGACUGGGGGAAGGGGGUCUCUUUUUGGUGGUAGUUUCUGCUGCGCCUGACGUUUUUUGCCUCGGGGAUCGUUUUCGGUUGUUGCCGUUGUCUGUUUGCUUGCCGUUGAUGCCUACACUAGAGAGGCGUGCUGCGAUGGUAGAUGUCUUCGCUUCUGCACUCUCUUCUGAAUGAUUUGAACAGGAGACUGCUGUCGAUGAAAACAAGCUUUUGAAAGAACCAGAUGAGCUUGCACUGUCGUGCUUGCGAAAACAC